AUGAGUAUAGAAGUUCACGUGCGCAUCCGGCCCAAUGUGCCCAACGGUGUUUGGUCCUCCGCAGAGACGGUGCUGUACAGCACGCACAACCCCAACACACGAUAUGUGUACAACAAGGUGCACCACAUCGGCACCUCGAACCACACAAUUUUUCAAGGCAUCGAGGCGCUUGUGCACGCCGGCUUCGACGGCAAAAAUGUCACCGUAAUGGCCUAUGGGCAGACCGGCAGUGGUAAGACGUACAGCAUGAAUGGUAGUAAGAUGGAUCCAGGCCUUGUCCCCCGCACGGCGAAGCUGUUGUUGGAUCUUCGCCAGAAAUACCCCGGCACGCAAGUCGUCAUAUACUUUACGGAGAUUUACAAUGAGUCUGUGAAGGAUCUUCUUGAGCCGCAACGAGGAGAGCUUGGGCUGCACGACGCCCCCGAUGGCAGCGUGUACUUUGACAAAAAGUCGUUGCCUGUUGAGACGAUAGAAGACUUUGUGAAGCUGCAGAGCGUUGCGGAGCGAAAUCGCAAGUACGGCGUGACAAACCUCAACGACCACAGCAGUCGCUCGCACAUGAUUCUCACCUUUGAGAUUCACAGGGCGUGCAGGCAGGUGAGCACAAUAAACCUUGUGGAUCUCGCCGGGUCGGAGUCAGCGUCGCGUGCGAAUACAGAUGGCCUGUCGCUGCGGGAGGGCGGAUUCAUCAAUAAAAGUUUGUUGACCCUCGGUAAUGUGGUGGAUGCCAUUGUGGAGAAAAGGCCGUAUGUGCCCUACCGUGACGCAAAACUCACUCGCAUCUUGCGCAGCUGCAUUGGAGGGUCCGGAAUGACGUUUAUUCUUUGCUGCAUCAAUCCCUCCCAUGAAAACUUUGAGCAAACCGUCUCGAGCCUGCGAUUCACGCAGCGUGCCAUGAAGAUAAAGAACGAUCCCAUGAUGGUGCUCAAUAUGCCGCCACUUUUUACACAUCAAUAUGACUCGGGCGCAAAAGAGUUGGUGCACGGUUUUCGGGAACUGUGUGAUGCAUACUAUCAGCGUGGACUUAGAGAUGCCUUCAUGUACACCAGCAACACGGUGUCAUCUAUUGUGACUCACUUUGAUGGUCAGGUGUCAGAUUCAUUGCACGCCAUGGCAAAUGCCCAGCGGCUUCUCAUUGCACAUGACCAUGCCCUGGCGGUGGAUCAGGUGGGGCGGUUGUAUAACCAGCUCCACGAGCUUACACGACAGCGUCUACAAAGCAAGGACAUUGAGGAACACGAGCGGAAGCGGCAGCGUGAGGCAGAGGAGGAGGUGGAAAACAAAAAGGGAAAAAUUGCCCGUAUGGAGGCUGAAGUGAAAGAGAGGGAUGCCGAAAUGGAUACAGAGCUUGCGGGAUGGGAGUACCAGCUGUACGAGGCAAGACAGCGUCGCGUGACACCGUUGGAGUUGCUUCUCUCCUCAGAACGCUCCGGACGAUCGCGGGUGCAAUAUGAAUGGGCUGUUUGCAUGGAGCGUAUUGCCGCACGCUGCGUGCCCGUGAUUGUGUCACUUGGCCCCGUCACUUCUCCCGUGGCCGAUAAACAGACGGCCCUACAGCAACUGAAGCAGCAACUUCAGCAUUCGCAGCGAGAAUUGGCGGAUCUUACUGUGGCACAUGACAUGAUUAAAGCUGACCUACCAGAAGUGCGGCGGAAGGCUGAGGAAGACGCCUCCGUUUCUGCGAGUUCCCCCACCGCCGCGUCGCUCUCACCGCAGCCUCGCCCCAAUGGCGUCGUCAUGGGCGCAGAUGUCACAGAUGCAGACAUAGAUCAACGUAUACAAGAGCUAGAGGGAGAAGAAAAAAUUCUAAUGUCACGUGCCGUUCACGUGGCUCGUUGUGAGAGUACACGCCGUCUUCGGGACUCGUUAAAGCCACCCCAUUCCCGUACGCCGCCGACAAGUCGCUCCGCCCUGCGUCACCACAAUUCUCUGCCUCCGCAAGGAAAAGAAAGGUUGGUGGCAGACACGUCUCCUGGGAAUGCCCGUGAGGGGACCGGCUGCUACGCGAGUCCAGUACAGCAGCGUAGUCCAACCCCGCGCACUGCCCGCACUAUCUUCCCCUCGGCGGAGGAAAGUCCCGAGGGGGAACAUUACGUGGUCCCCGAAAAAAGUGCCUCACCGAACAAUGAGCAGCUCACGGAUGGGGUUCGUAGGGCGUUGGGCCUCUUGCGAGAUGUCCGAAGCAAGCUGAUGCAACACGCAAAUGUCCGACGACGACGGGCUGAUGCAACUGCUAGUGCUGCCGUACCUCAUGUGGCUGCUGCGGCGAAUUACGCAAAUUCUCCUGCACCCGUUACUACCCGCUCGAGUUCACGCCGAUGCCGCCGUACGGUGUCUCAUGCUCCGCAGGAUGAGGACAUGACCCUGGCAGAGAUGUGCAUGCGACGUGCCGAGGAAAAAGAAUGCGAGCCAGUUGUUGGGAUUGCGGCUCGCAGACGUAGGGAAAAUGUCCCUCUACGGCCAAAUGCUGAACGUGCGCUAUGGCGUAUGUCGAUUUCUCCCGUAAGCCCUUCUCUUGAAGGGAAGUCACGUAGUCGUUCUCGCCGUUGCUGA